UAGCAAUGGCGGUGAAAUUUAGCAGGGCCCCUUGAAGUUUAGAUGUUUACUUGUUUUGACUCUGAAAAUGGAUCAGUUUGGAACCCUUGAGCUCGGGUAAGAAUUAUUUAUAUAUCUUGAUACCAUUUGAUGAUUGAAUCCAGACAUUUGGGUUAAUCAAAAAGGUAGUAACACGCAACGUCUCUGAUGUCUGUUUGCAGAGCCAGAAGCCUCGUUCAAGCUGAUCUCAUAAAAGUUGAUGUUUGAUAUAAUUUCUCAUGUCACACAGUUUAGUAGAAGUAUCAUAUCGAUCAAUUUACAUGAUCGAGCUUUAAAAUACGCAAGGGAUUAGCUCAAAUUGUUCACUGAAAAUUGUUAUCGCUUUUGAUGGUUUUGUUACAAAAUAGGAUGUACUGUUGUUUGUGCUCGUUUUUCAGGAGAAAGCUGACGUUUUUAUCUCCAAGGCUAGGGACAUUUUAUUUUUAAUUUGCGUUAAGUGUUUCAUUUAGAAGGAGGGUUAUGUUUUAAAUAUGUCUUUGCGACGCAUUUAAUCAUGCAGCAGUAAUAUGACUUAACCUUUUUCGUUCGUUAUGUUUACCAGGUGGGCCCAGGGAUAUAAUGGCUCCCCAGCAUUGUUUGUCAACAGGGACACUGUCUGCUUUAUCUGUGGGAACAACAUUAAAUUUGUAAAUACGAAAGACAAGAGAGAGUCAGUUUUAUCCAGUCCUGGGGAUGGAAUUGGAGCAUUUGCUGUGAACUCUUCCACCAGUAACAUUGCUUUUGCUGAACUGAGAGUUAACCCCAAGCUUUUUAUCUAUACUUUCCCUGACUUUUCAAGACCACGAGCUGUUCUUGAAGGUAAACUUUGUUUCUUGAUAGUUACCUAUUACAGCUGCUCAAACCUCAUGUCAAGGAUUACAAGGCCCAAGUCAUGUGUUAAGAAUCUCAUAUGUAAAAUUCAUGAACAGACCUGUGACUCAAAUUUAACCUGAAAAAAAAUUUAAUGGCCUAGAAAUGGUUCAGGAAAGAACAGACAGUUAAAGAAUUACAGGAGAGCAGGAGAAAAGAGCAGGGAUAGUUAUUCAGAAUGUUGGAAAAAUAAAAACAUGAUACUGAAUAUCUUUUUGUUGACUCAGCAGAGCCUUAAGACCAACACUCAAGUUAAUAGGUCAUUUCUGAAAUAUGGUUGGUCCUUAUUUUCAAAGUGAGUCCUGGUGCUCAUCCUUUCACAUGGUUAUAAGUUUUUAUUCACAUACAAAUUAAACUAAUUUUUAUAUGAAUGGUUGAGCACCAGGCCUUAUUUUUAAAAAGAGGCAAAAGUUAAUUUGGAAAUGGCCUAUUUAGGCCACAAUUUAUAACUAAUUUAAUAAAUAUGAUAUGUUUUCAUUCUUUAGGUGGUGCAAGGUUGAAAUACUCCUGCAUUGCUUUUGCCAAUAAUAGCAGCAUUUUGGCAACACAUUCAGGGAUUCCAGAUUUUCAACUUACUGUCUGGUGAGAAGUUCAGCUGUAUUGAAAUUUUUUUUUUCCAAGGGUAAUUUUGCUCUUUGUGUUGUGACUAAAAUUUGUUACACCUUAAAAUUCACUUUUACAAUUGUAAUUGUUGGAGUAUCCAGUUGUUUCAUUCCCAUGGAUCUUUCAUACUCAGACAAUAAUUUAUUUGUACCUAUUCAUACCCAAUGAAAUAAAUGUUUAUGUUUGUUUUAAACAUUUUGUGUCAUAAUUUAUUGGGUAUGAAUCAACCAGAGGGUUGGGUAUGAACUGAUCAAAAGUGGAUACGAAACAUCUGAGCCUGGGUACGAAUUGUCUGGGAAUGAAAGAUUCAUGGGUGCGAAACGACUGGUAAGCAUUGUUAGGACCUACUUUUUUCUCUAACUGUUUUAAAAAUUCUUUGAUAUGGUAAAUCUUCAACUUCUAGAAAAGUUGGUCUCAAAAGUCAUUGAGAUUCAGUUGAAAUUGUGAAUCUAAAACAUGAAGAGAUAUGAAUUAAAAAUUUUGAUUACUUUAUACAAAUUUUGCUUUCCUCUUAAAAUGAUAGAUAAUAUGGACAUAAGUUCCAGCAAAUAUUAUAAUAUUUGAUCAUCAUUAAAUAUUGAACAUCUUCAGGAACUGGUUUGAGAAGAUAAAGCUAUGCUCAAUUGAUGUUGGAAGACAUUUGUGUACUGGACUGUCAUUCAACCCAACAAACUGGCGUCAGUUAUGUACUGUGUCAAGUGAUGUCCUGAUGCUUUGGAAUGUUGGCCAGCUCAAUACCAAGUAUUCACUAGUCUUAAGGUCUGUGUUUGUGUCUCAUACAAAUUGUUGUGCACAUUUUGUAAAAAAAGGUAACAAAACAUUCUGAAGGUCUUUUUCGAAGUGUCAGCCAUUAAAGCCUGGUUUCUAAAUGCUUCACAUGGGAAGUGUGAUGGUCUUUGGCCUCCCCCUGAUAACAAUAAAAGUAUGAUUAUACAUGUAAAUGUGAUCACACUCAGAAAGUGUGACUCUUGAAAUGACACUUUUUCACACUAAUUAAAGUGUGAUUAUAUAUGUAAUCACAUUAGAAAGUGCGACUGAAGCAUAGUUCUUGAAAUCACACUCAAAGUUCCAGACUAUCCACUGUAUAUAUCAAUUCACAUAAUUUAUUGCAGUUAUACUUAUAUUCCAAGUUAAUGAUAAUAUUCAUAUCUUUGUCUUUUGGGUGCAACUCUUUGCUGGGAUUGAGUUUAAUAUUCUGAGAAGAACAAUUUAUAUAUGGUAUCUCUGUCCACCCACAAGUAUUUCAACAGAGCUUUUGGUAAAAUGUCUAGGAAGCUAAUAAAAGAUUUUAUUGUUGUUAUUAGUUCUGUAAGACUGCCUCCAGCUGAUGGAAGUCUAGAUGAUGAUGAAUUUGAGGACUUGGGGCAGUCCGUUAGUCGUAUGAGCCAUCCAGAAGGAUAUAGAAUCACUAAAGCAGCCAUAGCUGGAUUAGUAGGAGAGAAUGCAAAGAGUUAUGAGCCAGGUAGAAGUUUGAUACUUUUCUUCUUUUUGAAAAACUAAAUAGAGUUCAGCUUGUCUUGUCAAAUUUUUGUGAUAUAGGCUGAGCUAAAUGAAAAGAGAGAGAGGAAAAAAGGGGAAUUCUUUGAAAAUAGUCUAGUGCCUUUUUACUGGGUAUUGAUUGUUAGUUGAUCCAAUACCAAGUUCUCCAAAGUAAUAUCAUAUGAAUUGUAUGACUGACAGUAAGAAGAAUUACUAAUUAAAAGAGAUCUUGUGAGUAAAAGGGUUAAGGAUAUAUACAGCUUAGCAUGUAUAUAAAAACAGGAAAUACCUGAUCAUAAAUUGGUAAUGACUUUGAGGUUUAUUAGAUAACUACAUAACUAUAAUUACAUUAAUUCUUUCGAGUUGACUACUUUUAUUACAUAUGCUACUUGAAAUAUGUCAGAGAUAAUCUCAAUUAUUCCAGUAAAAGAAUAUCUUUCUUUGAGAGGCCUUAAUUAACAGAAAUAUUUUGAAUUCUAUAAGUUUGAAUAAUCUUUUUUUUUUCUGUUCUCUCAGAUUACAUUUAUUCUCAUUCCAUAGUACAGUCAUGCUGAAAUAAAGUUUGAAAUUAUUUCAGAUUUGGUUGAUUUAUAUUUUUCUUGUGAAGAAUGAAUUCUAAUAAUUGAUCUGGAACUGAGGAAAAUACAAAUUUAAUCAGGUUUCAAAGCAUUUUGUCUUGCAAUAUUUAUGAACUAUAGCAUAUAUUAGGUGUAAAUUGUAAUUUUUUUAAAUAUAAUUUUAUACAAUUGUGAUUUUUUUUAAUGUCAAUUAAUAAAGGGUGGCAUUUCUUUGUUUUAGGUGAGAAAAAGGAAAGAUGUGAACCUGUCAACCAUUGUUGGACACCAGACAGUAAACUUUACUGUGGUUGUAAAGGAGGUCAGGUGAUCUGCAUUGACACAGAAAACAACCAAGUCACUAUGGUACUGAACCCAAAUGCAAAGGGUUUGCAACAGGACAGAACAGAUACUCAAUCUUUAUUGAGGAAAGCCACCAUGGAAAGUAUAGCAGAAAUGGCAGAAGGGAAAAGUAAGUCACAGUAGAAAUGGCAGAAGAGAAGCUUCACAUGUUUCUUUUCUGAAUUAUAAUGCAAAAAGUGGUAAUUGAAGUUUGUGUCAAGCAAUUUUGGUCCGAAAUAGUCCAUUUUACAGUUGCAUGCUUGGUUGCUAAGCCUUUGAACAGGAGUGAGGCUAAGGGUGACCUUGUUAUGAUACAAACCUUGCUGUUUUCAAAUGCAAAUUACUUUGUUAUCAUGCUUAUUGGAUACUGGUCUCUAUCACAACAAGGUCACCUUCAGCCUCACUCCAAAUCAAAGGCUUGGCAACUAAGUACACAACUGUAAAAUGGCCUAUUGUAAUUGUGAUCUUAAAUCAAACUUGUGCUCAGCAUUUGUUUGAUUUUGAGAUUGUGCAUGUGUUUUCAGACCAAAUUGCACUCCACUCAGUUCAAUUACCAUUAUUAAUGUCAUAAAAUAAGAAAUACUGCAAGUAGGCAAUAUAUUAAAAUGGGCCACUGUUCAAGAGUGGUAGCAUUUGGUGUUUGUAAUUUACAGACUCCAGAAGUUGUAAUAAUUUCACUUAUAUUUUAAUUAACAACUGCAUCACUAAUUGGAGGUUGGGUGCCUGAAACAUCCAGGAGCUUCCACUAUUGGCAGCCAGCUCCUAGAUGGAGACUUCUCCCACAGCUGGCAAAUCCUGGCAACCCAGUUAUGAGCCCCCACAUAGGAAAGGGGAACAGGCACCUGUCACACUGAAUAGACAGUAGAAAGAGGGAGGGUAUAAGUGGGGAAAAACUGCCUGGACGAAGAGCUACCACUCCUUGCAGUGCUACAAGCACAUGCUCAAAGUACACACAAGAAUGCCUCUAAUGCAGAGCAAAUGGGAAUUCCCGCAUAUGCACAUAUGUGAAAACCACUGACUACCAGAAAACACUGAUGCUCUUUGUUGUUAACUCUGUUAAAUUGCAUUUAGCGGUAACCGCAUUUAUGACAGCAAAUCUGAUUUAUUCUUACUAGAUGGAGAUCCUGAUAAUGACGAAAAGCCUAAGGGUAGUGAUUUGUCCCUGGAUGUUGGACCAGGUUCAGCAGAUUGUCUGGCUUUACAUAAGAAGGGACUGUAUAUUGCUGGGCAGGUCUGUUAAAUUUUGUUUUACUAUUCCUAUCUUCUUCUUUUUUGCACCAUUUUGUGACAUUGAAGCAAGAUAAUUUGGUUAUUUGGUCUGAAAAAUGGCUGAACUCAAUCUCACAAGUAACCUCUGAGAACUAAAUCUCACGAACCCUGUUAUUGCAAAAAUUAUUUUCAUACAGUUUCCUGUGUGUAUUGUUGUAAAUUACAUGUGAGUGUUUGUAUGUUUCAUUUGUUGCAUUGUGUACUUGAUAUUUAUGCCAUUGUCUAAUGUUAUGUAAUUUGUCAGGUUUUAUGUAUAAAAUUAGUCCUGUGGAUCAAUGUUUACAGUGUGUCCACUUUUUAAGAAGCAGCAUUGUUGUGUUUAUUUUCCCUGGUAAAGCUAUGCACUAUAUAGGUAACUAUUUUUCUUUGUUGAGAGUUUAUUAGCAGGUUUUCAUUUUCUAAUAUGUAUUUUCCUACUUGUGUUAAGGAUGAUAGGUGUGUGGAUGUUUUUAAAUAAAUGAUGAAUACAUGCAAUUAUGUGUGGCUUUGGCUACACACCCUCUAUUCAGGUAAUAUUUACUACCCCACUUUCCAGAUACCUUUUGAAUAAAUUCCAUCUUUAACAGAAUGGAGUGUUGAGAUGUUUGGACAUAAAAUCAACUGAGCUUAAAGUCUUGGAGCAGUUGGACAUUGGUUGUGCUGUGACAAGUCUUCACUGGUCACCAAAUUAUCGCUCGUUAGCCCUUGGGAGUUCCAAGGUAGGUGCCAAUGGAUUUUCAUCAAUAAUGGGACUGAGUGGAGGACCAAUAUUCGGUCUGUGAUGAUAUGAGUGAUUAACAAAAUCAGAAGACAGCAAAGCAGGAGACCAAUUUGUCAAUCACAAGUAUGAUUACAGACAGAACUGGACAACAUGAAGUCCUGUUACCAAUUAGUCAUUACCAUUACAUUUUUUGAAAAAAAAAAAUAUAUAUAUAUAUAUAUUUAGGACAAACAUCUCCAGUAGAAACUAUGUCUAAAGAGAAAAUUCCCCAGAUUCUUUUUUCAGGAUAAGUGAUUGUUCCUAUGGUUAUUGUGAUCAAUUCUGUGAUUGGUGGAUUUAACUGGGUGGACUUAGCAUGAUUGGCUGCUUUUACUGUCUGAUUAUAACUAUACAGAAUGAUAAGUGAAAAAUAAAGUAGCCAACGCACCUAUCAUAUUUGAGUAAAUUGUAAUGGUAAUGAUCAACACAUCCAUGAGAGAAUACAGUAAAGUAAAAAAAUGAUCUCUUCCACACAUGAAUUAAAAAAAGUGCUGGUGGCUUUUUAACCUUAAACUAAAAAGAAAAAAUUGCAAUGAUACAUUGUACUAUUUCAGGGGUCUGUACAUCUCUAUGAUUCUGAAGGAUCUGUGGCAGAGCUGUUUAAUAUUCAUAAUGCUGAGUUUGUGGGUGUUGACUGUCUGGCAGGAGGAAGUCAGUAUUGUGUGGUAAGAGAUGGAGGGAAUAGUGUUUUAAUUUUACGGUAAAUAAUACAAUGAUUUUGUAUUUAGUAGAUGGCUUGUCAUGUUCACAUGGCCUGACUUGCUAUCAAAGCAUUUGUAACUGAAUGGGUAAAACAGGGUUAACAUCCAAUUUCAGAGGGUCUGAGAUUCAAUGUUAUUAUUAUCAUUAUGUUGGGCAUGAUGGUGCCUUUUGUGGGUUAAAUUGUUUCAAACAAUUGCCCAAUGUAAGCAGCUAAUGAACAAAUAAACUGUAGAUAAACUUGGAUUUCCCUUUCAUGCUUUUAACAAUUUUUGAAAAAAAACUCACAUGGCAAGAUUUUGAAAUUUCUUGCCAGUUUCACUAGAAGGUGUAUUUUCAUUGAGGGAAAAUAAAACCUGUAAGACUUGAAAUACUCUUGUGGUUGUUUCAACCAUGUUGUCAUUUUUUUCAGUUUUUAUUUUCUCAGUGCCCUCCAAAGUUGUAAUAAUGGUCUGUACUACUGUUCAUGUUUUUGAGCCCAAAUAUGUUUUGGUCCCUACUCAGAGUCAUUUUAAUCCUGGCCUAAAGGCUCAGGUUAAAAUAACUCUGAGUCAGGCCCAAAAUAUAUUUAUGCCCUGGAACAUAAACUCUAUAAUUUUAUUGUAAGAUUCUUGGAGAGGAAUCUAUUUUUUUCUUCGUCACACCCUCCUGACAAAAGGGGAAUGUACUUCUUAACUCUUAGCAUUAUUAUUAUUUUAGUAUGUUAACAGUUCAUAGUAAGUAUGUUUAAUUACAGUUUCAACCUUGAGAAUGUACAUCAGUUAGGCCUCAAGUGUUAUUGUUACAGUAGCAGAUUAUGGAUGGUGAACCAAAAAUUAUUUUUCCCAACUUACUUUUAUGUUUUACAGACUUGUAAAGCAGAUGGUUUGGUGCAAACAUGGGAUAUUGAAACAAGCAAACUUUUGUCCAAAAUCCAUCUUGACUGCCAGGUACAUAUUUAAGAAACCCUAGAGAAACUAGGGUUUGGAGGCCUUCAGCCUUUUUUAUUUUUUUCUAUCACUGAUUCUUAGUUCUAUUUGCCUCCUUUUGGGAAAAUGUGCAAUGCAGUUAUAUUUUUCCUGCUGCAAUCAAAGUUAUGCACCAAUAGCCCAGUGUAUAUGCAUCAUGUGGGUGUAACUGGUAUUCACCCUUGUGUUUUGUACACCCCUUCCUAUGUCUGAAAGUUUGCAUGUCUUGAUUUGUAUUUUUAAUAUCAAGAUCCACAUCUUACACUCUAUGUAAGUACUGAUGACAUCAUUCCCCACUCUUCUUUACAGGCUUCAUGUAUACAGUGUAGUCCAUCCUCCAGCACAGUGGCCAUAGGUUCUCUUACUGGCCAUAUCUACUUUGUUGAGAUGACAAACAUUGAGCAGCCUCGUCUUAUUUACAGGAUCCACCUUCACCAUGGGCCAGUUUUGCAACUUAGGUAGGUCAUUACUGCAAAGUUUGCUUUCAACAUUCAUUUCUUAAACUGCAGUUCACAUAUAUGAUUUUCAUGUAUUUACAGUCAUUGAUUCAUUACUUCACGGGUUUAUUAGGAACCGACAUAAUGACCACUCCCAGUUGGCUUGUUAGCUCAAUUGGUAGAGUGAAGCACUGGUAUUGCAGAGGUCAUGGGUUCAAAUCCUAUACAGGCCUGAAUUUUUUUCAAGCCUGGUUUUCUUUACUACUUAAUUAUUCUCCCGAGUCACUAUGGAAACAAAACACAAAGAUCUACUGGGGAAGAGUGGGGCGAGAUUGUAAUACGAUCGCCAUUUUUUAUGGACAGUUACAGGCGGUCCGGGGGAAGUUGGGGUUGUUAUGUUUUCGGGUGCAACUACAUACAACUUCGCUAGAGAUUCACCAAUAACUUCUUUAUUUUAUGGUUUGAACUGUAACUUGAUUCAUCCAAGCAUUGAAUUCCUGACAACUGAUGUAUUUUAUUGCUCUAACUUCACUCACAGUUAUGAUUGGAGUGGUCAGAUAUAUGUAACAGGCUCAAAUGAUGGACAUGUCUUCGUGUGUGAUGCAAGAGUCAGCAACAACUUCAAAGUGCUUGGGCGAUUAGGUACUGGUUUAGGAGCUUUGUUUAUGAACAGAGAUAGCAGAACUAUAAGCUCAAGCGUAGUAUUUUCUUCUGAAUGGUUUCCCAGCAAGAAAAGUUGGGAGCAUUCAUUAGACUACCAUAAGAGCUUCCACUAUCAGCCUUAGUUUUUCUCAUCCCGCUCAAGAAAUAACUUCACUAUCCCGAUAGAUCGAAACUGACCAAUCGAGACCGACUAACGGCAAAACUGACCAAUCAGUUUACACGAACCAGAUCUGUAACACUCGCUUGGCAAAAGCUUUUCCUGACUCUGAUGUGGACUGUCGCUGAGGUUGUCAAAACGUCAGUAACUCCCACCAACAGAGUCCAAAAGAUAAAAUGACACGACCAAGUGCUAAACCAUUAAUGAAUAAAUGUGGAGAUACUGUUUGACAAAGAAAAAACGUGCACUAAAUCAAGUAACAAGUAUUUUUUAAUGUGGCUCAUAUUAAUUUUUAAUUUUGUCCUGUUGUGCAUAAAGACCUGGAAGGCACAGUGUGUUCAAUCACCACUCUGAAUGCUCGAGAAAAAGACAGCCAGGGACCAUGGAAGAUAGCUGUGGCCUACCGUACGAAUAGUGAUAAAACAUUAGCAACAAAGCUACUAGAAUUUGAAGUUACCAUGGAUUUUUUGAACGGUAGGCUUCAAAAGUUACCGCAGUUGUGUUUUGUUUAUUUUUUUGUUUUUACACUUGAUGAAAUAUUUCCCGUUUCUUGCUGAAUCGUCCUACGCGGACAGUAUUGACGUGAAAUGUGAUGGGAAGGGAGAAAACGAGAGGUAAUCCCCUUCUUGUACUCACUGGUAUCAGUCCUUUUUUAUAGUGGACAGGCAAAAUAUGUCUGAAAUAUCCGAGUGAGGUGUGUCUGUGUUUGUAACCCCCCCCCCCCCCCCCCCCGCAGACUACCCGGGAUAUCUGUGAGCACUUAAAAUAGCCUACAUAUCAGGCGAUUGAUUUGAUUUGACAGGUUGCAUAAUAAUUAGAGUGGGAAAAGCGAGUGACAAGUGGCACGUGUGCACGAGAAUAGAGGCGAACGACCUUCUUUUGCGCGUAUUUUCUUGUGUUCUUGCCGAAGGCAUGUAAUCUUUUCACAACUAUCUCAUUAAACUUGUUAUCUUUUUUCCUGCCAUGCACAGGGGCCAAGGAAGCCUUCUUGAACAAGACUCUUCUGUACAGAGAUGAAAUGGUGAAGAAAGUCGUGCAUCUGUUAGCAUCUCCUUGUUACAGUGUUGUCUUGACCAGUCCGCAGACCGCUUUGACAGUGGCACAUGCAAGGAAAGAAAUAGUUAAACUUACAUUGGCCGCAGAGGGCAAGGUAAUAGCAAUGAAAACGUUUCAGUUCCUUUUAUCAUAAUCGUCAUUUGUUACCGUCACGGCGGUUGGCGCAAAAUGUUUUAGUCCCUUUCUUUAGUAUUAUCCGUGUUCAGAGAUAUUUACAAAGUCAAUUUUCAGUAUCAUUAUAACUUAUUUUAUUAUUAUUAGUAGUAGUAGUAGUAGUAGUAUUAGUAUAACUAUUAUAGAAAUAAAUUUCAAGGAAUUACCUUGAGACGUACAACGAAAAGAAAAAUUUCUGUCCAAUUUUUAUUUCGUGUGAAUGCAAUGAAUGAAUGUCUUUUUUCAGAGUGUUCCACCAGAUUCCAAGCUGCAGCCUUCAGGGACAUACCCUGGUCAUGAGCUGCACGGAGGACGCGUUGUUCUGUCUCCACAUUUAAGAUGGCUCGCCAGUUGUUCACCUGAUGGAAAACUUCUUCUCAGAGCUGUUGGUGCAUUGGUGAGAACUUUUUAGAUUUUGUAUAAAGAUAAGUAAUUUUUAUGGACCAAUUUUGGUCCAGUCUGAUUUUCAACGAAAUUUGUAUUGGUAAUAACAUUAUUUCGAGUGCAAUAUGGUUUUAUUAUAAAAUUUUCAAAGAAAUGAGCGCGCUGUGAUUUUUCAUAACGAGUUCAUUAUAUUUCCAUAAAGCACGCGCCUUACGUCACACGAGUGCUCUGUUGAGAUAUAAUGCAUACAGCCUACGUCAUCGGUACGAGCGCGCGCAAUUCACGAUACAUUUUGUAAAAGAAAUUAAAAAAACUCGUUCCUCGAGCAUUGUUGAGUUAUAUAAGCACUUGGGAAUUUUUAAGAACGCUCGUGCUUCUCCGCACUUCUCUCGUGUUCUUAGAAAUUCCCGCGUGCUUAUAUAACACAACGAUGCACUCGGCGCGUUUUUUAUUUCUUCAAUAAGUACGAGUAAAUUUUCAAAGACAGCGCGCGCUGUUUGUGAUUUGCACUCGUGCUGAGUAGUUCUUCUUGUGUUUGUUUGCUAAGUUACUCGCCAGAGAUCACGUGGAUUUCAACGUCUUUGUGACUGGUCGCCUACCAUUGGUCAUCUACGGUAAUCGGUUGUCAAUUGCAUGCACUUUGAUGGGUUCCUUCUUGUUGUUUCCUUUUUGAGUCUAAAAUACGAUUGACUUUUACACCUGUCAGGUGACAAAAUCUGGCUUCUCUUUUUUUCAACUUUUGGCGAUCCGCUUAAACAGUUAGGAGCUACGCUAAAAAGGCGUUCUUUACGAAGAUAAUUAUUAUUUUUGAUAAACAGAACAGCAGCUGUUAGUGAAUUUUACACUUAUUUGAUGAGUGUACGGCCAGCGAACUAGAUUUUCUUUUUUUGAUUUUCUGUGAAUGUGUGUGUGUAAUGACGGCGACCAUAGUCGAAAAGUCGCCUCAGCUGUCCACAAUAUUUUGAGCGACUAGGGUAUUCUUUGAAAUCUCAAAACGUGUUAAGCUAUACCCUUUUUUCGUAUACUUUUUAGUGGCGGUGAUAAAGAUUGUAUGGUUUGUGGACCAUGCCUCUUCCUCAAAGGUUUUCAUCUUGGUUCUUCUUUCUUGCCAUUUUCUUGCCAUCUUCGUGCCUCUCUCUCUUUUCCUUGCUUCAAGGGGUUUUUUCUACCCCAGGAAAUAUUUGUUUCAAGAGAUUAUUCUGCAGAGAGGAACUCCUUAUGAAGUAUCUUAGGGAAUUGAAAAUUAUUGUAGGAGUAUGUCAUUUCUUCACAAUAUUUUAAAAUCAUUCUUAACGUUCUGAAGAGGUCCAGCGUGACUUUCAAUUCGACGAUUAUGUGCAUUGGACGACCAAACAGGCGCACGCUUUUGUAAGGCGCUCAAUGCAGGUUUGCACGAGUGACUAGGACUGGCACAUGCGGGAGCGCGUAUUUCUCUCGUUCCCGUCAAACUUUUGCGUCACUGCCUAACAAUUUAGAUGUAUUUUAUCUCUUUGUUCAGUCACUACAUUAAAAUAUGUUUUCUAUGUUCACAGGAUCGUACAUUGUGUGUUUCUGCACAUCAUUACAAAAGAGGCGGAGCGUCUCACGUCUGUUUUACCGGUGACUCACAACACGUGCUCAGUACAGGUGCUGACGGUGUGUUGGCCUGCUGGGUUUGGAACUUCACAUCAACAGGUAAUAUGGCGAUAGAUUAUGUUAGAAUACAUUACACAGGUGAUUAGUGCGCUUUUUGGCUGGUGUGUAAGUCAUUAACAAGUACUAUUCACAUCGGAACAGCCGAAGAGACUAAGUCGCGCGUCAAGAUUCAAUUUUCCGACCGGUUUUUGGUAUAUUUGCAGAAAUAAACCAAUUUGUGUGUGGUAUUUUUCUAAAAUAUUUAUCCACCUCAGUGUUGAUUUAAGUAGUAGAUAUUUACUUCCACUUUGUCGAAUAAUGGCUUAAUAGGAUGAAAAGCACUUCUUAGGAGGCUAAGAGGUAGGUUGGUUUAUAACUUUGGAUUUGUAAUCUGAAGAUCGAAGGUUUAAGUCCUCUACUCUGCCACUCGAUUGCGUAUGUACGACUUAUAUUUUUCACUCAGGAGUAAGCGAAGAUAAAAAUCUCCCGGUAGUAUUACUUUAAGAGAUAGAAACUGAAUAGUGAGGAAACGACUCAAAACAUGAACCCUGUGAUAAGAACACAAACCCCAUGGUGAUGUACCAGGUUCUGGCUAUGACAACAAUAUCUGGUAUCGUAGUGUAUGAAAAAUGAAGAUGUUAAAAUACUGAGGAAUUUUUAUUAUUUAUAUCGGGUUUUAUGAUAAAUCUGUUUAACUUUUUAUAGGUAUCUUUCCUUCUUGAAAUAAAUUCCCUCUUUUUUUUCUUUUUUUAAAUAUUCUUCUUUUUGUUUAUUCGUUGAUUUAUUUCUUCAGGCAAAGGCAAGGCGACAGCAGCCAUAGAUGCUGCGCGUGCGCGCUCAUCACUGCUGACCACCAUGCGAAAGGACGAAGACAGUCUGGCGGCUGAACGAGGGGAAUACGUGCCCAGAUCUCUCUCGCCGGUCGAGAAAGCGAACACUGAGGCGAGCGAGAAACAACAGAAAGUUGUCAAAGAUGGUAUCUACACCACCCCCACCCCUACUCCCUCAGAAGAUGCAACCUGGCUUGAGAAAGCUGUCAGCGAGGUAUAGAAAUGGAAGAAUGACCAUGGAAAUGGGCAAUUUUUCCUUGAUUAUUGUUGAUCGAGGGUUCAUGUUCGUGGCAGUAUUAUGUUUUUCUGUGUAUUGGAUGACCUCCAGGCAAACGAUUUCUGGACAAGGAUCGAUCUUCUGGAUGCGGAAAUAUCAUUUGCAAAUUCUCGUCUCUUUUUACGAUUAAAUGAAAGAUCUAGUACUGAGAGGGAUUUCGUGUCAGAGAGUUUUAAGGCUGCCUUACGGACCAUAAACCCAAGAGAAAACUAUGGACUAAACUGCCUUGGCUAUUUUUACGUGACAGUUCAGGAUAGGGGACGGGAGGGAAGGGACGUGGAUGGAAGGGGAGGGCGGUUAGGAGAGGAAAGUGCAAGGGAGGGAGAUUGAGGAGAUAGAGAACUGAUUGAACAUACAGCACCAUACCAUCGUUUCUGGACUUGCGCUAAACGUAAACGUAAACGUAAAAAAAUGGAUUGCAGGUGUUGUAUCGUGCUCAUAGUCAAAAAGAAACUUGAGGGGCGGGGAAUCUCAGUUUUGGAGGAUAUUUGCACCCUCAAAUUUUUAUAUGCUUCUGCAGACCCAACGUGAAGAGGCCAAAAAAUUCGCUGAGAUAAAGCGGAAGUUACGUCAGGAGAUUCAAGAAUUACGUCACACCGUGCUGCAGAUGAUGGGUGACAACCAGCAAGCACCGGAAAUAGAAAAACUGGAUAGAUAUGAGUACAACUUGGAUGUCGAUCAGCGGCAGAAAUUAAUUUUAGAAGGGGAAGAGAAAAUUAAACAGGUACGGAAAGCAGGUUUGAACAUUUACGGCAAUACCACACCUUGCUUUACAUUAUCGUCUCUUCCUUUCGGUUUGUAAUGCGUAGGGAGACUGUAGAAAACCUGUUUAACAAGGUUCCAACGUAAAUUCCUCAAGAAAUUUAUUUCUUUCGUUACUUGAGCAUUUUUUUGUCAUUUGCAUGAAGGAGUGUAAAUCUUAUUCUUAACACCACAUGAUCGUACUGAAUACGGUUUUGUGUGAAAACCUCGCUAAGCUUUCCCAAUCAAAUAUUUUUUGGGUUCAUACUGAACCAGAAAUUCAGUCAAGUCUGAUAUAGGAUAAGUAUAACAAUCGUAAGGAGUAAAUGAGAAGUAAUCAAAAGAAAAGAAAUAGCAUACUUUCUGAAGUGUGAGAAAGCGCGCUUGACCCUGUGGAGAUUGGCUUAAUUCUUGCGUAUGAUUGGUUGAGAGGAUGGCUUUUUUUUUUGUUUUUGUUUUUGUUUUUGUUUUUUUUUUGGGUUAACCAAUCUCAGAGCGAGGUAAAGUAACACCAAUUACAAACCCGUUGAAAAUCACUCCAAUUCGUGCUGUUAGUUCCGGGUACACGUAUUCAUAGUCUAUUGCUGGAUUAUUCUCCAACAGGUCCGUGAGGAGAUAGAAUUGGCAAAUCUUGCCAAUCAGUACUUGCGCGAGAUAAUAAAAAAAGAAUGUUGGGACGCCAUGGUCGUCAAAGGACGUUCAGUGAAUGCCUUUCACCUUCCUCUGUCUGUCUCCAACUACCCUAUGAAGGAGCGAACUAAAGCAGAACUGGAUGAAGUUCAGUAUGUCAUCAACCAGAGGAAAAUCGAGCAAGCUGAGUCCGCAGCAAGCAAGGAUGUAGUGUCUAGUCCGCCUUCGGCUAGAAAUACACCUCUUGUUGGUAAGAAAACAAGCUGUUGGUUUCAAAGAGCCGCGUCAGAUUUUGUUCUUCUCGUAACAUUCAGCCUGAAUUUUUUUUCAAAGGAACGAUAUGAAAUCCAUGUCAAUCCAUUCUUGUUCCCUGUUGGUUGUUUCCACCCAUUUUGAAAUUGAAAAGAAUAUUUUAUGGUUCCUUUCCUGUUGACUCAACGAUUUUGACGUAACUACUUUGACUAAGUUGUUAUUCAGGUUGUGACAAGCUUUUUUAGUGCUUAAUUCUGCAUUGGGUUUGUUAGGUAACCUCGCUUUCUUGUAAGAAGCACAAACAAAACAGAAUUAGUUAUACUCAUGUAGCUUUCGUGGGCUUCUAUGUGCUCUUUCUGCUCCUUAUUUUAGCCUUCGUUUAUUAUUAGUCAUGAGUUAAUGAGUAUACCACUAUCGCUCUGAUUGGUUAAACAAACUAUUACUUUGUGUGCCGAUAAACUCAUAGCAAUUGUUUAAUAGUGAUUACCGCAGUUUUUAUUGGUUUGCUGGCCUAAUAACCCAAUUGUGUUAGUGGCACAUCCGAAAAGUCUUUUAAUAGCUUGCCUUUGGUGAUUUACAACUUGAACUUUCUUCGUGUUCCCUCAACAUCCUAAGAUGGUUGUUACGUCAGUAAACAGAUUUGAGGUACAGUAUAGUGCUUAAUAAAUUAAUAUUCGUUUAUUAAAAUCAGAUGACCGACAAGAGUUUGAAGACGAGGAUAUUCUGGCCGAGGAUGAAGGAGAGAGGUCUGGAGAUAACCCGGCUACAACCGGAAGUCGUGGUGCAGCUUAUGGCGGCGGCCAGGAGCUGUUUCAGAGUCAGUUCCAGCUCCACACGGUGCAGCAGAAACUCAACCAGAUUGUUUUGUUGCAGGUAUCGACCAAGUCGACAAAAUUUGUUACGUGCUACAUAAAUUAAUCAAGGUCUGAUAAAAUUGAGAAUUUUAAUCUUACGAGCUUAGUUGCCCAUUACCACCCGAACUUAUCCCGGUUUCCAAAGCAUGAUAUUGCCUCUGCUCUUCAUUAGGCGGGACGGGACUUCGAUAAGUUGGAUUGUACCCAUCUGGAGCAACUGCGCGCCUACCCCUCCUCUACCCAACAUUAAUCCUAUUUUGCAAUCAAUUAACUGUUGUUGGCAUAGGGGAGGGGUAGGUGCGCAGUUGCUCAGAUACUGAGAGGUACUGUGAGAGUAAAGGGUCUUACUUAAGAACACAGCGCAUGACCAGGCCAAGUCUCGAACCCAGACCUUUUGAUACCGAGUUGACAUGAAGAUAAACCUAAAUGAGAGAUGAUUUAUCUUUCGUGCUGUGUGAGUGUUAUGAAACCUCUUUGGUGUUGGUGGGCGAUGUUUGGAUUGCAAGAUUAAAGCUUUUCUCUUCUUUCCCUUGUGCAACCAAAAUUAGGGCCAGAAGAGAUACAAACUCAAAGCAGCCGCACGUAGUUUUUUCAAAGUUUUCAUGCAAACUAAAACUAGCUGAAAUUGAGUAACGUUUCUCUGUAAUUCCAGGAUGCUAUCCACAGAAUCAAAGUGGCAUUCAACAAGGAGUUCGACGAAAUCUUCAAACAGAAAGAGGCCGAAAUCAAAAGAGUCAAAGAAAGAAACGACAGGAUAAAGAAGAUCUUGGGUGAUCUUGAGAUUGAUGAGAAGGUUUUUGAGCCGGGGAUGAGUGUGGACGAAAAACCUGAGCUGCUGUUGGAAGUGAAGGAUGGUGAUGUACCCUUUGAGAAGUACAUUAGUGAGGAGGAGAAGCUUAAGCUUGAAGAACAAGCAAAGAUUGAAGAAGGUUUGUAUUGAACAACAAGUAGAUAUACUUUGAGGACAACUAAGUCAGCAUAGCCUGUGCCUAAGGAAAGAGAGAGGGGACAAUUCAUUUGUGAACAAAUUUUUUGAAACCGAACAUCGUCUUGUAUUAACCUUGGUGUCCAUAGAACAAUUUUCAAAGUAAUACGGGAUUCCUUUGGUAUAGCUUUACUUCACUUUUUGAUUGGUCCAGAAAAAUCGCGUCUAUUUCUAAACCAAUCGAAUUCAAAAUUUAAACCAAUCGCGACUUGGUCACCCGCGUUUUCCCGCGCUUCAGGUUGUUCAGUUGUUUUGCUCUGAGUUAUCACUGGCUUUCUGUUUACCUUCUUUUGUUUUGAUUGGCUGUUGUUAUUACUUUGGGUGUGCCUUUUCGAUCUUCAAUCGAAAUGCGCUCGAUGAUCGCUGCUUCUACUCGUUGGAGUGUCACCGUCGCUGACAUUCAGGAGCUUAGCAGAAAUAAUCUUAAAUAUCAAGUUAUGAGUUGUUCUGGAAGAUAUUUAGCUAGACUGAGAAACAAAACCAAUCAUAACGGUUUAUGAACACACAGAAGUAUUUUUGUAGGAGUCAAUAAGAACUUAUAGAGAAAACUACCAACUUGACUAAAACGCGGGAUAACGUGACUGACCAAGUUGCGAUUUCGUGUUUGCAUUUGAUUGGUUAGGAGUGGCGCGAAUUUCUGGAUCAAUCACAGCAAAGCCAAGACAAGCCCGUGUUACAUUAUUCAAUGCUCAAAAGUACAGCUCGGUUUUAAUUUUUUCCUCAUACUUUGUAGAACGCCGCUUAGCGGAGAAAGGCGACAAUGCACGAGAGCGAGCCUUGAUGAUGAUGAUGCAGGGAAGACUGGAGGCGAAUAUAGAAGACGAGCUGAAAAAAGAUCUGGUCCCGCCAGAGUUCAUCACCAGCAAACCACAAGAGGAAUGGAACGAAGAGGAGCAGAAGGCGGCCAAGGAAUUCGAGAAGAAGAAACAACAGCUUCAAGAGGAUCGAGAGAAGUACCGGAAAUCACUGGAGACUGAGCUAAAGAAGUUACAGAGCGGAAUCACUGAUGCCACAGCCUCGUUUGACGAAAAACUUAGUCAGCUAUUUCAGAGGAAAGUCAAAACAGAAAUGGUUAUUUACCAGGUUGGUUCAGUUGCCAUGAUAAAUCGUUCUUUAUUUAUGUGUUCCGUCAUGAAUCUUCUAUUCUGGUGGUGGAGUGAAGCACUCAUAAUUAGUCAGAACUGGCCAACCAGGACGCUGUAUUAAUCAAGAGAAUUCAGAACCCUCUAAGCUGUGCCCCGCUCCCAGCGUGUGGUUUCGUGGCUUAGUUGGUAGUGCUGCUGGUAUCUGGGAGGCCUGGAUUCGAAUCCCGUCGAUGCCUGAAUUUUUAUUCAGGUUUCUUCUUUCCUGCAAUUGCUUUAAUGACAGCUCCCAUGCGAGGAUCAUAGCUUUCCUUGAUUUUCAUCCGCAGCUCAAAUGAAAUUUGGUUUAUUGAAAAUUAUGAUUAGAGAAUUCAGUCACCUUAAAUUGAUUCGUGUUUUCAACAACACAGCACGGUUUUCAUUGAGCAAGUUUUAAUCAUUCUUCACCUUGUAUUUCUUUUUAAUUACUUCUCGAAUUUUACCAUUUGGGACGUUUUGGACUUCGUCCGAAUGUUUUUUGAAUAAUGCAUACCUUGACGUUUUCGUGAUUGUGUAUCCAUAGGAAGAGCUUAAAAUUAUGCGACUGAUGGUCUCAGUGCUGACUGAAUCCGAGCUGGAGUAUCAGGAAAACGAGCUGACUCGGCGGAUGAACGAAAAGAGGGAGAGGAAGACGCAAACUGCAGGGGCGCUGGCUGAAGCUAAGCGGGAGGUGGAUCAGUUCCGUGACUCAUAUGAGAUCGUGUUAGCUGAAGACAAGGCGCUUGACAAGGCUUUCAAGAAAGAGUUUGCAGACCAAGACAUGCACACAGUAGAACAGUUGUAUAAACUGUUCAAACGAAGACCAAGGUGAGGAAAACUGUUGCAAUAUAUAUCAGGUUAACACUGAGCCGAGUGACUAUUGUUAAGGGGAUGCCCUACAACUGCUGUGCGAAACGUGUUCUGCGCAUAGCAGUGCAAGCAAAUGCGCGUUCAAUAUUACGUAACAAGGUGACCUGUUAUCGUAGACUCGAUGAAUAGAAAGAAGUGGACCGUUACAAACUCACUCUCCGACACGAUCUCCGGGAAGUGGAAAAUUUUUGCUUACUUUUGUUCAUCUAGUUCUCCUCUUUGUGAUGUACAACUUUGGAGAAAAAUUAAUGUCAUAAUAGGGAAAGCAAGUGUGACGUCUAAUGAAGAUAACUAUGUGUCUUGGCUUGGAAAUCCGGGUCCAAUCUGGCAUCAUUAUUACAGAAAGAGUGCUGCCCCCCCCCCUCCCCCAUCACUUCUUUCUUUCAUUUAAAUUUGUUAAUGACCAUUGCAGCAUCAUGGACAAUUGUCCUAUCCUGUUUUCAGAAAAACAAAAAACAACUCGAGUGUUAUGGGGUUUUCCAGACCUAUUAAAUGGGAUUAAUGCUCCAAUUAAUCGACCGCUGGUCUGGACCGUGACGAGGACUCCCUGAAACUCCAUUUCUUUUGGCAUGUGUUUCUCGUAUUUAAAGUUUUCUCCUGACUCUUUCUUCUCUUAGAGGACAGAAACAACUUAAAGCUGCCACAGAAUCACACGGAGACCAUCCCGACGGAGGCAGUCCAUUCAGUCCCAGGCCUUCUUCCUCGCGCAGUAAUUCUGUCGCCAUAAGAAGCCUGGAGCGCGCAAUGGAUGAGUUAGAUGAUGAACAGCACAUGCCUGAAGGGGUGGAAUCUGCUGUCUGGCAACGACUGGUGCAAACAAGAAGAGAGAAAGUCGAAAGUGAACAGCAGGUGAAUUGAUUACUUCUAUUUCCAAGAGGGCGCAAUAUCGAAUACAGAUUACAAAUCGAAUACAGAAUUUGAUUGGUUCGCAACGUACCGGGGAUUUUUCUUAGCUCUGACCUUAGUCACGAUGACAUAGUUAUGGGUUUUCUGUGAAGUUUUCGAGCGAGAAAAGAGUUGUGUCCACUCUAAGUAAUCAAAAGCUGUGAUUUGUUUGUUGGAGGUACAUUUUUAAGACCUUGGUCAUAGCCGGAGUUACAGACCUCCCACCCAGCAAUGCAAAAUGCAUGAUUAAUACUCCCGUGAUUCUGGACACACUGUCCCACCCAUUUCUCAUAAAAUCAAAUUAGUGACAAUAAAAUUUUGAAAGUGAGACCAAGAUUUCAAAUCUAGGGCCAUAAACCACUAAGGUACCCCUCCCCUAAAUACGUGUACGGUGCUGUUAUGGUAAUAGUCACCUGGUAGAGUAGAGCAGCUUUAAAAUUGAGCGUUGAUGAGAUCAAAAUAAUCCAAGCGACUAAUCAGAACAAACUUCACAUCAGCAUUAGCCAAUGAGAACUCGAAGUGAAAACAAGCAAACUACUGAAAGGGCGGGAAAACGCAAAUGAUCAAAUCGCGAUUGUUUUUGGUUUUGCAUUUGAUAAGUUGAAAGCAGUGUGCAUAGCAAAGUUGAGUAAGACCGAAGCAAUCUCGGACUACUUUCCAUACUCAAUUGAAAAUUGCUCUAUAAGAACAUGGUGAGUUUAGGUGUUUGUGCCGUCGUGAAAGCUUGCUCUUCAAAUACCAAAAAAUGCUCAAGGUAUAUGAAGUGAAAUUUUAUAGACAUUAUGAAAUGUUCAGAGAAAUGCGCGCGCCGUGAUUGGUCAGAACGAUUUCAUUAUAUUUCCAUAAAGCACGCGCCUUACGUCACUCGAGUGCACUGUUGAGAUAUAAUGCGCAGCCUACGUCAUCGGUACGAGCGCGCGCAAUUCACGAUGCAUUUUAUAAGAGAAAUUAAAAAAACUUGUUCCUCGAGCAUUGUUGAGUUAUAUAAGCACUUGGGAAUUUUUUAAGAACACUCGUGCUUCUCCGCACUUCUCUCGUGUUCUUAAAAAUUCCCGCGUGCUUAUAUAACUCAACAAUGCACUCGGCGCGUUUUAUAUUUCUUUAAUAAUUUCAUUAAUAGGUCAAGGCCAAAGCGUUGAUAUUAGCAGAAAUGAAUGCCUUCUUGCAAAGGAGAACAGAAGACGAUGAAAAAGUCAACAGAGAGCUGGAGCACACUUUACAGGAACUACAGAGGUAAUCAAUGACCUCCUUUGACUAACUUUCUUAUACCACUCACACCAAUGACGCUUCCGACAUUAAUGAUCUUAGCAAUAUGCAAUGCACAAGUCACUUAUGGCCAACGAUGACUGGCAAAAGUAAUUUUUUUUAUAACUUUCAUUCAUUCUCUGUGCGGGCCUGAAUUUUUUUCACGCCUUAUUUUCCAUACUGCAUAGGUGGUGUUCAUCACUGCGAACAUCGCUUCCAUAUUUGUUUCUUUGUCCGCAGUUCACAUACAUGAUUUUCAUAUAUUUACAGCCGUUCAUCUUUCUUAUUCUAUUGACUAACCUUUUGCCUUUGUAGAUUGAGGGACGAGAAAAUGAAGUUUCAUAUAAAUUUGGAAGUACAGCUGUUGCUAAAACAGGGACAGGUCAGUGUUUUACAAAGUCAUCAAACAAAUCCAGUACUAAUAGGUAGCUCACCAUCACUGUGUUGUAAUUUAGGUGGAGGUUACACCAGGCUCCUUUAUCACAGACUAUACAGACAGUGCUCUGAUUCAUCGCUCUGUUGUAGAGGACCUUAAUGCACAGAUCACGGUGGGUGGAAUUUUCUGUUCAAGUCGUAUUUAGUAGAAAGGUUUCCAUGAAAAGUCUUUCUUGGUAGUGUAAUAGAAAUAGAUGGACAAGUUUUCCCUUGAAAUUUCCAGAAACCGACUUGCUAUGUUAGGUAGUUUUGGUCAACUUCGACUCAGCUGUUGCUGUUGCUUUUAAGUUGAGUGUCGAAAGUAUUUAGCGAUUUUAUCAGUUUACCCUCUAUGAUUGGUACAGAAAACUGGUGCCGCUCUCUCGACCAAUCAGAUGUAACCUGACUAAAACCAAUCAUGACUUAGUCACUUCCCAUUUCCUGUGCUUUAAGGAAUUUUCUCGGCUUUGCAACGAGUUUUCAAUGGCUUUUUGGGAUAUUUUCCUGUGCUCUGAUUGGCUAUUGUGAUUACAUUUAGUUUUUACUGAAAGAAAAAAAUGAUAUCAACCGAAAUAGCUGAUCGCUGAUUGUCCGUGUUGUCUUGCUUGAGUUGUCUUUUGUUCUGCUGUUUUUAUAUCCUAACGGAGAAAGCUCGUCGAUUGAUAAUGAGGUUUUAAUUUUGCUGAUAUCCUAUCUUUGUCGUGGCGACUGUUUCCAGACUCUCGGGAAAGGAAAGAUUACUAUUAUGGAGGACAGCAAGGAGUUUAGGAAAGGAAUUCAUCGACUGGAGUGGUAAUUGUGCUAUUUUAUUAUUAAAAUUGUUUUUGAUAUAAAGGGGUAAAGUCUAAAGGAACUGUGGUGCUGCGUCGGUUGAGGGGGGGGGGGGGGGGGGGUGGGGCGGGGGGUAUUACAAGAUGGUUUGGUACAACUGAGUUGAUAAUGUAUAAUUGGCCGCAGUAAAGAAGUUUCAAGCCCAAGCCUUUCGUCAGAGCGAAUUGGACUGACGCUGGAAACUUCAACUUUAGAAAUUUUUUUAAUAUGGGUUGUUCACAUUAUCAAUUUCUCCCUUCAGUUCGCUUGUUAAUUAUAGUCACUUAAAUUUCGAAUACCUUAACUGACACGAGCGUUUAUUUUCUUCAAUAAGUUACACUCCCGUUUUAGACAUAACCAUAACGAAGUUGCUGUUGUUUGCAGGGAGCACAAAAAGAUGGACAUGCAGUCGGAAGAUCUCCAGGCCAAGAUUCGUGACAUUCAACUGCUGAGAGUCACCAAGGAACUCCAGCAGUUUCUAUCAGAGGGUGACCAGCAAGCCAGGCAACAGCAGGAGAUCGAGACACUGGAGAAAACUUUGACACUACAGGAAAAGGUCAGUGAUUCAUGCACUGAAACACAAAACAUCUAAAAGUGGGUAACAUCAAACCUCAAGGAAAUGAAAGAACAUAGAAAAAUGUGGAAACGUUUACAAGUGUAUUUUGCGAACGGUUAAAGGCAAGGAUUUUUGUGUGGAAGAUUUUUCUCAUUUUUUUUUAUUAUUUUUUUUUUAUCAAAUUUAGAAUAAGCAAAAAUAUAUUGUCUGUAUAUUAUUCAUAGGAAAUUUAAUGUAAUUUCUCAUGCUUAAAUUGGUACCAAAUAAAGUAUCAAUGUCAGUAUUUUAGCAACUGCGUACCUAUCCCUCCCCUAACCCACCAUUUUAUCCUUCAGAUGCAUCAUCGUAAUGUAAAUGACCGCAGAGAAACAAUAAAGAAUAUCAAAAGAUUAAUUCGUCGCAAGGAGAAAGACAAUGAACAGCUUGACGCGGACCUAGAGGAACUUGCUCUGUCCGUCGCUGAAAGGAGGAAUGUCAAUGAGGCAAAUGGUUAGUGAAAUAGGUUGUACCUUCGUGCUACGCAUUUUUUUUCGCUUUUCGCCAUUUUACCAUAAAAGGGAAAUGAAAAGCGCAAAUUUUACGCCACGGUAUUACACGAUAGAACAGGAAAAAAUUAUGGACAGAAAGCGAAGAAAUAAAAUGACAGCACUCAGUGAUCCAAAAUUUGAUUUUUUCCCGUUUUUCUCAGGCUUGACUUUUCAAGCAGCAAAGUUUUAGCCCUUUACACCCUAACAUCAGUAUGCAUAUUCUCCAUACUGUUCUCUAUACAUUGCCUAAGGUGCUAACAAGGGGAAUUUGUUUAACAAUCAACAGCUUCUAAAGAUCAUUCGCUUUAUACUUGUGACCUUGAUGUGUGAUUUGGAGGUGACGUUGUUAGGAGAAAUUAGAUGUUAAUCACUGGUCAUAAAAAACGCUUAAUAGGUUCUGCUGUAUUUUUUCUUUCUUUUUUUUUUUUUUUCGCCCUAUGCGAUCGAUACGAUGCUCAGAUGAGGCCGUAAGAAGUGAAUUGAAAACUAGAAGCCGCCUCUUAUCCAACUAGCGGGAAUGACAUAUUUGCUUUAUCAACUUUCAUUAAAUCCUGAACGUUAGGAUCUUUGGAGCCUUUUUUUAGUUCCGCAACAGUUGGCCUAGUAGCUUUCCUUGUUAUAAAGCUGGUAGCACUCGUGGGCAAUAUGAAGCGAAUCCUGUGUUCUGAUUGGCUACCCGAGUGGGCAAGGUGGGCCCAUCUUCCCCGCUCGGGAUUGCCCGCUUUGAUCCCGUUUAAGAAAAAAAAAUUGCGUGAGGCAGAUUGACAAAGUUCGUGACUCUUUGGACAAAGUCGGCGAUGGAGACGCAAGCAGCAACGGAGGACAUUCAAAACAAAGGAAACAUAAGCGACUCUCUUUGGUUUAUUUUGCUACAAAUACAGAUAGCCUUCUUUACCGGCUGUCGAAGUAAACAAUUCAUUCUUUAUUCACAAUAACGCGAAAUGUUUUUGCCGGAUAAUAAAUCCCUUAUUGACCGAGCUUGUUCGGGCGAGAUGGCUGGAUAUUAGCUUCGUUCUCUUUUUGUGGUUUAGUUCGAUCGUAUGGCUAUUCAGGAGAUGAUUAUUUCGAUCUCGGUUUGUGUACUUCGUUUUAUUUGUUGUCUUGACCUUAUUUAUUUCUUUUUAUUAAUUUUUACUUAUGUAAGCAGGCAUGUAUUUUAGAUAGUUUCUUACUAUUUUUUUGCAUAAUUUUUUUCUCACACAGCUGCUGGCCGGAGUGACACUGGAAGUGAGCGCCGCCUGCAGGACAUAGUAGCAAGGCGAAAGCUAGUGGACCUCGCCAAAGCGCAAGCGCAGGAAGUUGCAGUGCUGCGGGCAGAAGUUGAACGACUACGCAUGCGUACUUUCCCAGCACUUGUACAAAUUGAACAUUAGGAUUUCGUUUGUGCUGUAAAUAUGAAACAAAGAUCUGAACGAGCAGUGAAUACUCGUUUAUUUGUUUGUAAUAUUUAAUUGAAUGUUCUUCCGCUUGGAACAUCUUACAGAGCGAUUUUAUCUUUUCCGAGUGUUUUCUAUAAAAAUAAUCCUUUCGCUUGCGAAGUUUCAACUGAUGUAGUGACAAUGUAGGUUUGAGCAACCGUUGUAACGCAAUUUCAAAUGUAAAUAAAAAAGUUGUACUUAAUUUCUUUUUACCUGACUGUUGAAGUAGUCUUGAAUAUGGAAAAUGUAGAACACGAUUCAAAACUAGCGACCAUAAUUGCUUAAAUAGAGUUAUUGGACCGACUAUAUACACGAGAUCUACCCAAAACCGCAGUUUUAUGCAAGCAGUGAAA